CGUGUGACGUCAUCCCGGCCGCAGUGGAGCAGUGACGUGGUGAAGGGCUGCUGCAGUGUUAGAAACGCUUUAGUUUUUUUCCUCUAUUUCCUGGACGGAGAAAAGAAGCAACUUUUAUUUCAUCCGCCUGUUUAGGAUUUUUGAGGCGCAGGAGUGCGGUGUUUUAUCCCCCCGGUGUUUCUGAGCUCGGAGAAAGGCUCUGCGACCUUCUCGUUUGUGUAUCUUGUGUGUGUGUGUGCGUGCGCGCGUGCGCUACCUGGACUCCGCUAGCCUGUUAGCCGCUUUCUGAAACGUCUCGAAAACUAAACUUGGGCUCCACACCGCUCUCUCAUCUUCUGUGAAAUAGCCAUCAAAAUGGGGCUGACCAUUUCCAGCGUCUUCUCGAGGCUUUUCGGGAAAAAACAAAUGCGAAUUCUUAUGGUUGGACUUGAUGCUGCCGGAAAAACGACGAUCCUUUACAAACUUAAGCUUGGAGAAAUCGUCACAACAAUUCCAACUAUAGGAUUUAAUGUUGAAACCGUGGAAUACAAGAACAUCUGUUUUACAGUUUGGGAUGUGGGUGGCCAGGAUAAGAUCAGACCUCUAUGGAGGCAUUACUUCCAGAACACACAGGGUCUCAUCUUUGUGGUAGACAGCAACGAUCGUGAGCGUGCACAGGAAGCUGCCGAAGAGCUGCAGAAGAUGCUUCAAGAGGAUGAGCUCAGAGAUGCAGUUUUGCUGGUGUUUGCAAAUAAGCAAGAUUUGCCCAACGCCAUGGCUAUCAGUGAGCUGACGGACAAACUCGGCCUGCAGACACUCAGGAGCAGAACUUGGUACGUUCAGGCGACCUGCGCCACUCAGGGAACAGGUUUGUAUGAAGGACUGGACUGGCUCUCUGAGCAGCUGAGCAAACGUUAAGCUACAAUAAUUGGCUCACGUGAAGGGGUGUUUUAACAAAAGGACAUGAUCACACAACUGACAGACAAUGGAUAUACUCACUUAUACAUAUUAGCUCAUGGCUAUCAAAUUUGCCACUGAGGCACCUUUACCUUUUUUUUUUUUUUGUUGUUUGUUUUUGGUUUUCUCUCUGAAUUGGGUUGACCUUAAGUUGUCUUAUUUUCAGUAAGCAUUUCAGUGUCCAAGUUUAUGCCUGAUUUAGUUUGAUUUGAAAUAUAAAACAAGGUGAAUUUCAACACAAAAUCGAGGGAUGAGAAUGAGAACCUGCCUUAAGGCUUGUAUUUUGUCAAACACGGGAACAUAUUUAUAUUUAUACAAACAUUUCUGCUCUCAUUCCAUUUUAUCUAUCUAAAAUUUGCAUGCAUUUUAAUCUGAACGGCUUCCUUUAAUAAAUAAUGACUUUAGACCAAAUUAUAUAACGGUAACGUGUAAUGAUGAGAAACAGGUCAAUAACAUGAUGUCCUCCAGUGGUUAAUGGGGGGGCAGGGGGUUAAAGAUUUGUGUUUAGCUUGACAGGUAAAAUUCGAGUCGAUGACCUGAUUUCUUUGGCCUUAAUACAGCUUACUAACUCUGAUGCCUGACUCGACCAUCUUGCUAUAUAACCAGCCUUUAACUGCAUUUACAAUUGCCUUAAAAUAUGCUCGUUUCCUGCUUUGUGACAUUUUACUUUCAUUUAAUGAUGUUCACCUAAAUUGAAAAUGACCAAAUGAGAUAUCACCAGAUUUAUUUGUAUAUACAUGCUGAAAGACGUAUGAUAUUCUGGUUAACAGUUUGAUUCGGGCACCUGCAAUCAUAUGGGACCUUUUUUUUUUCCCCCAUGGCUCAUUAAUAAUUCCUAUUAAAGCCUGAAAUAAAACAA